AUGCAGGCAACAUCAGUCCAGCUUAGUCCAGUUAAGGACGCACGCCGCAUCCUCGGUGAAAAGGAUACCAACGCGUGUCUGUCGCCAGUUCACCAGAACAAACAAUCUCUCCCGGUUACCGGAACGCCAGUCAAACGGACUCUGUUCUCGACAUUAUCACCCAAGAAGCUUCUUCCCUCGCCAAUGUUUGCAGGUCAAAAAAGAUCCAGGGAGCAGAUGGAUGAGACAGAGGGGAACGGAUCGGUGCAGACGCGGGGCUCUUCCAUUGAACGCUCCCCGACCAAGAAUGCUAGCCCAAAGCAAAAUCAAGAACUGGACGCGCAGGACAUCCACAUCGCCACACCUACACGCUCCGAACGCGACCAAAAUCAACAUAUGGAUACACAAACCUCGCCCACCGCGCUCGCCAGCCCACAAGUAUCACCCACAAUCCCCGACGACCCAGCCGCAAGAAAAAUAUUUAUUCAAGAAAAAGCGGCCCGCCUCCGAAACACCCUCCAAACCGCCAUGCGCAACGUCAAAUCAACCGAUCACCAAAUCGAUCGGCGCCUCUCCGAUCUAGAAGAACACAGCCGGAAAUGCCCACGAGUCUCCAUGCCGACCCUCUCUUCCUCGCCGCUACCACCCUUGUCUUUCCGAAACACCACCACUCCCAAAUUCACCACUCCCCGCAUUGGCUCCAUGCCAGAUAUGAGCUCGACACCUUGUCACCAGACGCCCGAUCUUCCCCGUCGCCGGUCCCCUUUAGCUAACGUCGCAGAACGCGUCAAGGCCUCGCAGCGCACACCGCCUCGCACGCUUGGAUCGCCCAUGCAACUGAGUAGUCCCCCUGCCACGGUAGUUCGCCAUAGUCGUACCCGUGAUGUGGAGGAGAGUGGAGAUGCAAAUCUUGGUGGCCUAUCGCCGUCUCAAAGAGGCGACGCGGUAGACGGUCUGCUCAAGUUGAUGAGCACGGCUGAUCGACGGACCAGUACAGAUGCUUGGAGUGAAUGA